GGCGCAGAAGCUCUCAAAACUUCGCUUCGUGCCGUCUGACUGCUUCAGUUGAGCAGAGGCCCUCGAAUCGCACUGACUGACACACGACGUCGAGACUACACACACACACGCACAACGUUACACAGCAUACAAUCGCACUUCUCUCGCUUCAUAAAGCACAUAUUUAUAAUCGUGUGUAAUCUCCGACGCCAAUUCGCGCGUCGUCGUCGUCGUUGUUGCAAAUAUUCUCCAACCGAUCGUUGGUUUUUCGCUUUGAAAGCAGUGCGAUACAUCACAUUGACGGCCACAGUGUUUUUUAUGUAAAAAAAAAAAAAAAAAAAACAACGACAAAAAAUACCGAUACCGAUUGUAUUCUGAAAAUACCUGAGUGGAGGAUCGGUUCUGUUGUUUUGUUGUUGUUGUUGUCAUAGUGUAUACUCGCGGUUGUGUUUAUUUGUCGCGGCCUUCUACACAGCAAGAGAGAGAGAGAGAGACGGGCAAAACUGACUUAAAACCGGAGAAGAAGAAGCAAGAAGCAAAGCAGAAAAGAGAGAGGUCGAGAAAGCCAAGAGAUCGCGCUCUCCGCUCUCCGUGGUGUCCGUGCUCCGUGUGUCUGUGCGUCCGUGUGUGACUUCUCUAUAUAUAUAAUACUUACUACUUGCUGUGCGAGCUGCGCUGCGCGUGCUAUAUCGCUCGCAGUCGCGACUCUUCUCUCUCGCCGAGUGUUACACACGCAUAAUACAUAUACAUAUUUAUAUUAUAUACACACACAAACACGAGCGUUUAUUCUAACGCUCGUCACACAUACGUGCGCGCGUAGUUUCCGUGUGCCGCUGCCGAACGAAGAGACGACGAGACCCGGAGUUUUUCUCUCUCGUUACACGAAUUUACAUCUAACCAAGUUCUCUCUGUGACUGUGCCUGUGACGAGUGAGCCGCCGCGACGAUAUCAUUGUCGCCGUUUGUUAGCAACAUACAGCAUAUUGUUAUUAUCGCAAAUCGUGCGUGGUAGCAGCAGCAGCAGCCAAUAUAGCCGCACACUCUCUACUACUAGUAUACUGUCUAUCUCUCUCAGUGCGUGUGAUACAUGUGUGCCUUAUAAUUCCGGAGAGCAAUAGAUAUAGACACGAUAUUAUACAUGGAUUAUCGUUUCGACCGAGGUUAGACCGAGAAGAAGAAGCAGCAGACAGAAGACUGAGUGCGAUAAUAAUACGACCGACCGAUCGAAUCACAAUUUAUCCCCCCGUAUACGCAUGAGAAAUAACGGAGUUUUGGGAUACAGCGGCGCAUUUGUAAUAUAAAUAUAUAAACGACAGCCGCGGAGAAUCCAGUCGUUCGUCCACUACAGCGUGUAUUAUACGACGACAGCGCGGAGAUCGCGAAAAAAAUCGUGCGUCACACACAAACGCGACGACAUAACAAAUAAUAUACGCAAAGGCGAGCUUCAACGCAAAUCGUUGUCGACCAAGGCACACAUAUGUAUAUGAAAAUGAGCGACCAGAUGAACAACACGACGACCCAGAGCAUCGCCGACUACCUGUCGCAGCUGCUCAAGGACAGGAAGCAGCUCGUCGCCUUCCCGAGCGUCUUCAUACACGUCGAGCGGCUACUGGACGAAGAAAUCGCAAAAGUCAGAGCGAGUCUGUUCCAAAUCAGCGGCGUGAAGAAGGAGCCACUCGCACUCCCCGAAGCAGAGGGCGAGGUCACGACGCUCACAGAAAAAGUAUACGUACCCGUCAAAGAACAUCCAGACUUCAAUUUCGUGGGAAGGAUUCUGGGACCACGCGGUAUGACGGCCAAACAGCUGGAACAGGAGACUGGAUGCAAAAUCAUGGUGCGAGGCAAGGGUUCAAUGAGGGAUAAAAAGAAGGAGGAACAAAACAGAGGCAAGCCAAACUGGGAGCAUCUGACGGACGAGCUCCACGUGCUGCUCACGGUCGAGGACACGGAGAAUCGCGCCACCCUCAAACUGGCCCGCGCCGUCGAGGAAGUCAAGAAGCUUCUGAUACCCCAAGCCGAUGGCGAGGACGAGCUCAAGAAACGACAGCUCAUGGAGCUUGCCAUCAUCAACGGCACCUACAGAGACUCGAAUACCAAAGUCGCCACUGCAUCGGCUUUCGACAUCGCAGCCUGCGACGAGGAGUGGAGGCGCGUGGCCGCCGCAGCCGCCGAGACGCAGCGCCUUCUCCCGGGUCUGGCCAACCAGAUGAGGCAGCCCAACGCCCCUCUCGGCGCGCCGCUCAUCCUGUCGCCGAGGAUAUCCGUGCCGACGACCGCAGCCUCGCUGCUCAACGGCUCGGCUCAGGCCCAGGCGUCGAUCCUCUCCGCCGGCGAUCCGCACGGCAUCCUGUACGCGCCCUACGCCGACUACGCCAAUUACGCGGCGCUCACCAGCACGCCCACCCUACUGACGGAGUACGCCACGGCCGAUCACUCUGGUGGGUUGUUCGCUCGCUGACGCUGAGCAGCAAGUAGUAGAACGUCAUCGCCGUCGCCCCGUGUUGUGUGUGUGUUGUUACUCCUCACGUGCGCAACAUAGCUCGUGCGCGUCGUCGUUGCGUUUUUGUAUCUGCUUGCGACAAGUUCACACUCAUUAUUUGAUUUUUUUCUUUCUUCUUCUUCUUCUUUCGAUGAUCGACACCUUCGUUGAUCGUUAUAUUAUUAUUAUUAUUAUAUACAAAGUUACUUUGUAGUAGAGUUUUAGGGAAACCGUAUCGACCCACGCACGAUCGACAAUUUUAGUCUUAAGGUAUCAUACCGACGCGUCUCUCGGAAUGAAAAAAAAGAAAGAAGUUGACUAAUUACGUAUAUAGAUGUUUACGUACGUCGUUUAUAUGUAGAGUAAUUACAUAGUUCUUAAAAGAUUGGCAUUAGGGAGAGAUACGUAUUAAGAUUAUAUGUAUAUUCGUUGGUCAACUUUUUUUAGGGUUGUGCAAUUUUCUUUCGAAGCAUUUGACGAGAGAGAGAAAGAGUAGUUUUUCUUAGACGAAGAAGAUCUCUCGAAUCAACCUCUCGAAAGCUUCAGAGAGAGAGAUAGUUUAUAUAUUUACGAAUUACGACGAUACUUAUGGCUCUCUAUCGGUAAUUUUCUAGAUAGAUAGUUGAAAAAAAACAGCAAUAUUAGAUAAGCAUCGACGAAAGAGAUUUAGAAACGAGAGGAAAAAAAAGGAGGCACUGCAAAUCAAUAUAUAAAUGUAUAUUCGAGUGGAAACCGCUGCAUUUUAUUUUUUUAAGAAAACAAUUUUUUUACAAAACUCACGACUGAUUUUUACAGAAACAAAAAGCGAGACUCUCAUAACACUUCACGACUAUUUUCGUCAAACAAAAAAUUCUAUAUCGAUUUGUAAUGUGUCGAUUCUUUUUUUUUUUUUUUUUAAGCGCGUAUAUAAUACGUCCAAUCCAAGCGUUCGUAACUCGCAGAGAGAACGUUAAUUUUCGUACGGAGUUUAUUAAUAAUGAAAAUGAAAGAACUUUUAUGAAUCAUUAUCUCGAGAAAUAUUUUUAAAAAGCGAGUGACCGAGGCGUGAGAUUUUUUUUUCGAAAAAAAAAAUCCGCGCGUUCAA